ACGAACAAGAAUAACCUCAAAAAUGCAUGUCGGAUUUCAGUGCUUCUGUGUAGUAAACAAAUAAUAAUAUUUAUUUAUAUUUAUCUUAACCGUAAUUUAAAAUGAGGGACGUGUUUUUAUCUACAUGUGAAAAGAAUUUUAUACAGAAGAUUGUAUCUCAAGGACAUCGAUUAGAUGGCCGAAAUUACAAUGAGAGUAGAAAUCUAGAGAUAUCUUUCGGGUCAGAUUAUGGAAGUUGCAUUGUAUCCCUUGGUGAAACAAAAGUGUUGGCACAAGUUACGUGUGAAGUUACUCAACCAAAACAAAUAAGGCCUAAUGAGGGUAUUUUAUACAUCAAUGUUGAGAUAAGCCCUAUGGCAGCACCACAAUUUGAGGCGAACAGACAAACAGACCUUACUGUGUACCUAAAUAGAUUAUUGGAAAAGUGUUACAAGGACUCAAAAUGCAUUGACCUGGAAUCACUGUGUAUAGUAGUGGAAGAAAAGGUCUGGUCACUAAGAGUGGAUGUGAAAGUUCUGAAUCACGCUGGUAACGUAAUAGAGUGUGCAAGUAUUGCCACUCUGACAUCGUUAGCUCAUUUCAAACGGCCAGAUGUAACGAGAAGUGGGGACAGCGUCAUCAUUCACACCAUAGCGGAGAAGGAUCCGAUACCUACAGUGCUUUAUCAUUAUCCAGUAUGCUUGACAUUUGCCAUUUUCGGUAAUGAUACUCUCAUAUCGGAUCCAACUUCGAUUGAAGAGUCAGUAUGCACCAGCAGCACAGAUGAGGGCGUUUGCACCGGAGGGGGACUUCUUGCUGUUGCCAUGAACCAGUAUAAAGAGCUAUGUCUUCUGAACCUUACUGGAGCAGCGUUGUACAACUCUAGUGUCGUACAUAAAGCCAUAUUGAAUGCAGCGGAGCGAUGCAAAGAGGUUGUUGACUUAGUAAAAAGUACAAUCAAUAUGGACGACACGAGGAGGCAAAAACGCGAGAAAAUUAGCUUCCGUGAUAUAAUUACUACGGACCACAUGCUUUCACUGAGUCGGAAGGAUCUCAACAUUCGUCUCAAGAGUUACAGCACUGAUGUCAUGAAGAAUGAUGAUGAAGAUGAGGAAAUGGAAGAGGACUUCGAGAUGGAGAAACCAGAGCCCAGCAAAUAUGACGUUGUCGCAUCAUUACCUCAAACUGCCGAAAUCGUCGUCAAGAAAGGAGCGUCGACUUGGAUAGAAGUUUCAUCAGGAUCAGAGGAAGAUUAAAAGACGUAUGUUUCUUAAAUAAAAUGUAAUAAAUUUACACUUUACAAUUAA